AUGGUAAUGCUCUCUUCGAGUGCAGAGUGGCAUCAGGAUGCCGAGGAGCAGGACGAGCAGCCGGAUCCUGAGCAGGUUUACCCGCAGCAAGCGCAACGCCCGAUGCCUCAACGCAUCCUCCGGAAGGGCGAAUGGGAGGAAGUGUGGCCUGAAUAUUGGGGCAUGCGCAUGCAUCAGAUACGUGAGCUCCUCAACUCCUGCAAGGAGGAUGUGCACUGGCACCAAAAUCAUUCAGUGCGCGACAUGGUUAACUACCAUAUACUUCCCCGAACUGCGGGUGAAGGAGUUGGAUAUGCUGUGAAAAUCAACCGGCAUGCGCCCCUGGAAGUGGACGUGCUCAUUUCACAUUCCUGGAACGAGAAUGCAGAGGAGUUUGUGGAUACACUUGAGCGGACAGUCCGUGCAGACGAAGUGCUUUUUGUUUGUGCGUUCUCCAUCUACCAAAAUGAGGAUCACGCAGGACCUAGCAUCGCUCAGCAGAUCGGUUCCUCCACGCAGCACAGCCCCUUUGGACGCGUCCUCACGCACAUCAAGGAGCGUGGAACCUGCGCAGGCUUCUGGUGGUGGCCACGCCGCACAUUUUUCAUGCUUCCAGGUCUGCUUCUGCUGCUGGCACUGGAGCUUUUCAUGAUAUCUCAGCUUUUUUGUGGGGGAGUAGCUGGCCUGGAGAAACUUUACGUUCUGAACGUGUCAGAAGACAAGUACUGCAGCAAUUGGCGAGAGGGGAGAGGCACAUGCCUUGCGAGCCGCUGGGAAGCCGCCAACUUGGAUGGCUACUGUUCGCUUACCUUUCCAGCUGUUUGGGGCAUGGUUUUCAUGGCCAUCAUGUUGGAACUGGUCCUCCGCUUUGUGUCUCCUUGGGUGUACAGUGGCCGCAUGGUGGCAGUGCCAAACUACCAGGACAACUUGUACCAACGGCUGUGGUGUGUCUAUGAGAUCUUCAUGGCCUCUCAGCUGAAGGUCUAUGUGUCGCUGGCCCACACGCUAGCCCCGGCUGGCAAAGUUCAUGCCCGGAAUGCUGGCUGCUCUAAUGCGGAUGACGAGGCCCGGAUACGCAAGGAGAUUGAGUCCUUUGGAGCCAGGGUCAGCAGGUCAAAGUCACACCUUUUUGAGCGCUCGCUGGACCCCAAGCAGAAGGCUGCCGAGGAAGGCUACCGACGUGUGGAUGCUUCCAUUACCUGGACCACCACGCGUGCCAAGCGGGAGUGGCUCCUGGUCAUGCUGCGUAUAAUGCUCCUGGGAACCGCUCUGCAGGGAAGCGUCACAGUACUCUCUCUCUCACUGGGUCUCAAAAAGAGAUACUUUGCCUUGGGCUACAUUCUCGCUUUUUUCCUGUACAUGCUGCUCAUGUGGUCUGUUCUGCGGCGAACGGGUUGCAUUGAGCGCAAACACCUUCUUCUUCUCGGGCUGGUGCCAUUCGUGGUGGGCAUAGCAAUGGUUGUGAUGGCUGACAUUGUGGCUCCUGAGUUUGACGACCACAAAAUGGAUGUUGUUGCAGCGAUGGGAUUCAUUUUCGUCAUGUUUGGUGUAUCAAGCUUGUUUCUGCCGCUUACGAGGAUUCGGAAAUUCCGCAAAAACUGGCGACCUGCAUUCCUUCUCAUGGUUGGUUCGCUGACAUGGUUUGGGUUCUAUGUUGCCUAUGCCAUCUACUUCCGAAGAGCCUCCUGGAGCUUCCAAACACUGGAUUUUGAUUUUCCGUAUGCCUCAGUCAUGCAGACUGCAACUUUGAACUGCGGUCCGCCUCUGCUUGCAUGCUACAUUUGGUCAUUCCUGCUGGCUUGGGGAGUGCGGAUGCAGAUUGUACACAAAGAUCCUAGCGUUACUGAGCACAUGAUGCAGGGCGUGGUCAACUUUCGGGCAAAUUCCCUCCAGGCAUUGGAGGGUGGCCUGCAUUCCAUGCACGCCAUAAACUGCGGUGCCUUGUUUCAAGCAUUUGAAAGGUUUCUGCUUCUGCAAACACUGCACAAACACCACUACGUCAUGACAGUGCUGUUGUUCCAGCUGGUACAAUGCUAA